AUGCCCCGAUCAAAACGUUCCAAGGUCGUGUCCCUCACGCAAACCCAAAAGAAGGGAAUGGAGCACAAGAAGAAGCUCGUCGAAGAUAUCCGCGCAUGUUUGGACGAGUACAAGUACGUCUGGAUCUUUAGCGUCGGGGACAUGCGUACGGACGGGCUGCAAGAGGUCAGGAACCUGUGGAAGGGAACGGGGAGGAUCAUCUAUGGCAAGAACAAGGUCGUCGCCAAGGCUUUGGGAGAGUCGGAGGAGACCGAGUACAAGACUGGUUUGAGCGAGAUUGCCAAGCGCCUCAAAGGCCCUCUCGGCCUCUUCCUCACCUCCUGGGACCCGACCGAGACCCUAGAAUGGUUCCAAACAUUCACCCGCCCAGCCUUUGCCCGACUAAACUUUCCCGCCACCCAGACCCUCGUCCUCCCCGCCGGUCCGAUCAAGAACGCCGAAGACGAGACCUUCCCGCAUUCGAUGGAACCUCAGUUGAGAGGGUGUGGGUUGAUGACGAGCUUGGAAAAGGGAGUACCGACUCUGAAGGUGGAGACGCAGGUCUGUAAAGAGGGGGAGAAGCUGAGUGGGGAGAAGGCUAGGUUGUUGUUGAUGCUCGGAUACAUGCAAGCCACCUUCAAAGUCAAGCUCGGGUCGCAUUGGUCGGAAGAGGGCGGGUUCGUCGAGGGUGACGAUCUCAGUGCCGACGCCCAGCUCCGCGUCCCGGCAGACGACGAGGACAUGGCUUAG